AUGGAGUCCUCAGCCCAUGUGAAACGACCCAUGAAUUGCUUCAUGGUGUGGAGUCGAGAGAAGCGCUACCACAUCCUAAAGGAACACCCUGGAAUUAACAACGCUGAAGUGAGCAAAGCGCUUGGUGCAGCAUGGCGUAAACUGUCUGAAGAAGAUAAAGAACCGUACGUGGAAGAAGCGCGGAGACUGACAGAGCAGCAUAAGAUGGACAACCCUGGAUACAAAUACCAACCAAAGAGACGCAAGCCUAAAAGAAAGCGAAAAACAGAUAAGAAAAUUUUUCCAUCUACGACAUCCUUAAAACAAAUUGACACUCGCAAAUCGUCUAGCGAAAAGAUUCACUUCCCCUUUAAAAUGUGGUCUGAAUCCCACACAUCACUUUUUGAUGAUGUAGGUGGAAGGCCUUCUGUGCUCUUUCCUCCACACCUCAGUGUGUCCUGCUUGCCUCCAACGUUUCAAAAAGGAACCACUCAUGAAUGGUGCUUAUGUCAUAAUCUCUUUCCUGCACCUCACUGCUACCUACCUUGGGCUGGAGGCAUGAGUGAGCAUUUCUAUAAUGUCGAGAGCACUUCCUGCUUUAGAAUAUUUAACUUGCAGGGAAAGCCUCUGAUACGCCACAGAGCGGAUUCUAUUUUCAAUCCAUACAAGAUGUGA